AUGUCAAAACCUCUCAGCAGCAAAGAUACCAGAGGAGCUCUGCUCUAUAAUCUUUGCUCAGCAGAAUCAGACCACGCGGCAGCGGGAAACAUUGGAAACAUGUUCGACGGCGAUAAAUGGCACCGAACGUACUCCGCCAAAGGUGGAACGGAAUCAUUUUACCCCUAUAAACACCUACGCAGCGACGGAUGGAAAUAUGUGCGCUACCCUCGAACGCCAGACUACGGUUUUCUACAGGCAAAAAAAAAAGACCGGGCUCGCUUCCAGCCGACACGCCUGUCCCAUGUCACCACCUUUACCGGUGCCCGAGGAAUCUUCUCCAGCGGCACUUUCAGCAGCCACACUCCGAAAAACAUUGGAGUGAAAGUGGAUGAAUAUUUCUCAUGGUGGAGUUUUGAAAUAGCUGAAAAACAGAAGAAGAGAGAGAGAUACAAAUACAAACGGAUGAUAAAAGCCAAUACGUCAGUCACAAUACGUGAAUUCUUCAACUCUCCUCCUUUCCAAGAGGAAUCUCGAUACGGGAAUUUCAAGUUCACCUACGACAUGGAGAGUCUGUUCGAGAUGUACGAGAACUCGGUGUGUGGCGGCAGGCGAGCUGAGUUCCGGGUCCUGGGCACCUUCACAUACAAGCUGGAGGUCAUGCACGCCGUGGUGGUGUGUCCCCCCUUGGAUGUCGCUCCCUUGUUCAGCCGCUGCCCCCUCGUUGGCGACGACAUCCAGGCGGUCGUUUCCAGAUUCGGCCACCGUUGGAGGUGGAGACCCGAUUCAACCCGAUACGACUAUAAGCCUUACCGCUGCUGGGAUCACGUCUCCUUGGCUUUCUACCUGCCCUGCUAUUCUCCCUACCCUGGAUUCCCGCUCCCUCCCGGAUACCCGGACGUCAACUACUGCAAGGAGUCGGGGAAUCUUCUCAGAUCGAUCGAUAUUACACCGGAGUGGAAAUUUGAUCAGUCUACAGGUUUGUCAUUACAGGAAGAAGCUGCGAAAGGUUUACUGGCUGAAUUCAACCUUGGUUGUGACGUUCAUCAUACUGAACAUGUGUACAGGGUUUAUGUAAGCACCUUCCUCGGAUAUGGUGGAAAUUAUGCUCGACAGCGCUACGAGGACCUAAUUUUUAAUAAUAUUACGACUGCAAACAGAUUGCUUGAACAGCACAUCGGUAUCAGUUCAGAGCGCCCUUACCUCGAUCCCUGUCUGUCCCUUGAAACAGUCGAUACCAUUCAGGACGAACAGAUUUUGCACUUGAAAGGAGUCGGAGACUUUGACGAGUGCUGCGAGCGAAUCAAACCAUUCCUGGGCAAAGGGAAUGAGACCAACACUUCUUUCAGUGGGGUUUAUCAGCCUCCUAUUGAUUUCCAUAACAGUGAAUUCUACGGUUUCUCUGAAUUUCAUUAUUGCACUGAAGAUGUCUUGCGCAUGGGAAGUCAAUACGAUGGCGUCAGGUACGCAAAAGCAGCCAAGGAUUAUUGUGCUACCAAAUGGACAACCUUAAAAGAACGAUUUGACCUCAAUCUGUUUUCAUCUCAUGCAGACCUGAGCAGAUUAAAGUAUCAGUGUUUUAAGUCUGCGUGGGUGUAUGAGGUACUGCACAGUGGUUUCGACUUUCCAGCUGACUAUUCCAACUUGAAGACAAUCAAGUUGGUCAAUGACAAGGAAAUACAGUGGACGCUGGGAGCAAUUCUUUACAAGACCCGUUUCUUACCUCUGCGGGAUCUGCGAAAAGACGCCAUCAAAACGAGUCAUUCCAGCUGGCUGCGAGUCUCCUUCGUCUACAACCACUACCUGUUCUUUGCCUGUUUCUUCGUGGUCCUACUGGCCAUCAUCCUGUAUGUGCUGAGGCUCCGACGCAUUCACAAGAGGGCACAGCAGGAGCUGCAAUGGUUGCAAGAGGCCGAGCCAAUGACUGAGGGGUCAUGAUCAGCCCAGGUGAGAUGUAGCAAACCUUUCAGAACGGAAAAAGAAUGCCCCUGAAUCACGCAUUGGAAGGAACCACAGAUGCUGGUUUACACUUCAUGUUCAGAGAACCAGAAGGGUUCCGACCCAAAACAUCACCUAUUUUUCUCCAGAGAUGCUGCCUGACCCGCUGAGUUACUCCAGCAUUUUGUGUCUUACCCCAGAAUCAUGCGUUGGCUUUUGUUUGACUGAGAAACACUUCAGCGUCAUCUUUGCCACAGUGAACUGUGGUUUAUGUGGAGGGCUUGGAUGUACAGGCCUUUGGGACGUAUCAGGUAUUUAUGUUCAUUCUAAAGUCUACAACUUCUGUUGGAUGACCCAAGACCUGUUCUCAUCUUCUCUUUGAAUUUGGAACCAGUAGCAAUGCAAUAUGCAUCUUUCUUUUCAUAUAUCACAUGCAUCCGAGGUGUUAAGUUAUAUAUGUGUUCUGUAGAGAUUAAUUGGGCACUAUCUGUGGUCCUUCUCUGUCGUCUUCCAAUAUACAUAAUGUGAUGGGAUAGUGAUGAACGUAAUUUGGCAAAUAGUGAUUUUCUGUUUCGUCUUUUGGCAUUCAUUUCCACUCUUAAACUCAAAGAUAUUCACCCAGUGCAUCCUAAGUAUGGUGGGAAAGUGACAUCUAACAAAAUAUAUGCUUAACUCAAGCUUGAAACUAUAAGCCUGAAGGAGUAUGAAGACGGGUCCUCACCCAAAACUUUGCUUCUCCAUGUCCUCCAAAGAUUCUGAGUGAACCCAGAAUGUUGUGUUUUCUGCAAGAUUCCAGCAUCUGCAGUUCCUUGUGUCUCCAUUGAACCCACUAUCUUCUGAUACAAUGGACAUUCCUACCAGCUGAGCCAAAUUCCCAUUCCAAAGUUACCUCGGGUCAAGUCUCUAUAAGUGUGAGGCUCCAAUGCAAAAACCACUUUGUGCAGAUAAAAUCAAGGAAAUCCACAGAUGCUUUCCAUUGCUGGGAUUGGUGAACCUCAAGCCUUAUCCACUGAACUGUCCUGCUCAUGGUCUGAGGGAAUGCAAAACAAAAGACUGAAUUGUGGAAGAUGAUCCAAACCUACCGAUGCACAUUCAAUAAUCCACCAGAAUUGGUGACAACCAAAAAGGGAAUGUUUCCAUGGAAAACACAAAAUGCUGGAGUAACUCAGCG